AUGCCCCUGAGUCAUCGCCACUUGCUGAAGUCUUGGGGUGGAGAGGAUGCCUUUUGCCCCUGUAGUAACCAGGCUCAGAGCAGGGAGUCGGUGCUGAGUGUCUGUGUCUACCUCCUGCCCCUGGUGCAGACUGGGCUCCUGUCUGCCUGCUGCGUGACAGAGCUGAACGAGCCACUGUCCAAUGAAGAACGAAACCUUCUCUCUGUGGCUUACAAGAAUGUUGUUGGGGCACGCCGUUCUUCCUGGAGGGUCAUUAGUAGUAUUGAGCAGAAGACAUCUGCAGAUGGCAAUGAGAAGAAGAUAGAGAUGGUUCGUGCUUACCGUGAGAAAAUAGAGAAGGAGUUAGAAGCGGUAUGUCAGGAUGUGCUGAGCCUGCUGGAUAACUACCUGAUCAAGAAUUGCAGCGAGACCCAGUAUGAGAGUAAAGUGUUUUACCUGAAGAUGAAAGGGGACUAUUACCGCUACCUGGCUGAAGUAGCCACUGGAGAGAAAAGGGCGACUGUCGUGGAGUCAUCUGAGAAGGCCUAUAGUGAAGCCCAUGAGAUCAGCAAGGAGCACAUGCAGCCCACUCACCCCAUUAGAUUAGGCCUGGCUCUUAACUACUCCGUGUUCUACUAUGAGAUCCAGAAUGCCCCAGAGCAAGCGUGCCACUUGGCCAAGACGGCUUUCGACGAUGCCAUUGCCGAGCUCGACACUCUGAACGAGGACUCCUACAAGGACUCCACUCUCAUCAUGCAGCUCCUCCGCGACAACCUCACGCUCUGGACAAGCGAUCAGCAAGACGACGACGGCGGAGAAGGCAACAAUUAAGGCCCCGGGCGGACUGGCAGCGCACGCUGAUGCUACUACUGCAGUCUUUAUUUUUUUCCCAUGAGUAGGGGGUCGGGUGGGGGAGGGAAAGGGAGGGGUGACCUUCCCAGGGAGAAACCCACGACCUGUCCUGUCUUUGAUCGCCUCUCUGACAUUUUUGCCAAAAUACCACUAGUGGAAAGUCAGGCUAGCUGUGCUGGUAUUGGAAUAGCAGCCUCACACUGGCGUAUGGACUGUUCUGUAGAUUAAUGCAAGUGGAGCUGUCUCUAACUUAACUUAUUGCUAGGUAAUAGGGUUUUAAGAUGAAAAGAAAACAUGAAUGGAAUGGCCCUCAUUCAGUAAGUUCUGUGGUUCCAGUAAGGAUUUUUAUGUACAUAUGCUCUUGUCUUAAGUUUUGGGUACUUUCUAUCUCAUCUGUUUUAGCUGUGCAUUUUUUUCAGGGUGUACUCUACCAGACACAGAAUAGUUUAAAUCCCAAACUGACAGACUUAGAACAUAAGGUAUGUUCAUCCUUAUGGUUUAAGCCUUGGCAGUUUUCUGAAGUCUCUGAUUAGUUGACAGUAUUAACACUAAAUUGCAGUUUACAGUAUUUCUACAUUACAGCCAUAUGUGACAUCAAGCCAUUGAUUGUGUAUUUUCCUUUGCUAGUUAUCUUGGCUUUACAUCCUCAUCAGCCUUAUCCAGCUUGGUUCUGCUGUUUACCUGUCUCCUAGGCUAAAGGAGGAGAAUCAAAACUACUUUCGGUUUUGGGUAAUAGGUGCUUGGCAGGUGGCUGUGGGAUUUUUUUGUCCUCCUUUCCUCUUAACCCAAAUCCACCAAAAAAAUUAUUAAUCAUUUUAAGAGAAACGUUACACACCACAAAAAUAGAGAAAAUUCAGGUCUGUAUGUCAUUUCUCGUGUUGGUAUUUUCAGAGCAUAUCCUGCUUUCGAAGCUGCCACAGCUCCCUGCUCAGGGAUCACACUGCCGUCCACUCUUCACUUGAGUCUUUCCCACUGUACCUUGUGCUGGCGGCACGCAGUUGGGUGCAGAAGCCGCGUGGUUACUUGGAGAAGGUUGGUGGUGCAGUGUGUGAAAAUUCAGGUGCUAGAAGCUUACUGGUAGAAAAAUCCAAAAGGAAGAGCUAAAUUCAUAAUCAUUCUGUCAAAUUUUGGGAGCCUUGUCAGUAUGUUGGUUUUUCCACCCUGAAAACACUCCUUCCCUAAGUACGUGUUGUAGGAAGAUAAACGAAAACCAUACCAAGUCAUAAAUACUUAACUCCUAUUUGACCCAGAUCUUUUCUUCCUUGUUUUUUUCUUUUUAAUGAAAAAAGCAUAGACGUUGGAGAUUUACUUCUCUCUUGUGCGGUCAGUGCACAUUUUGGAGUUGAUGGAAAUGACAUUGCUGUUUCUGCAUGUUUGUUUUCAGUUAGCUUUAGGUCCCUCAUUCUCAUUUUGGAUAAAUCUGUCUGUGAACAUGACCUGCAUGUGUGCUCAGUUUUUUUUUUUUAUUAAGUCAGUAACUGAGAACUCCCAAGAUGGAUAGUGUGAAACCACACUUGUUUUGUUCCUUUGUUUAUUUAAGCAAGGAGAGGCAUGAGUAAUAAUUGAGGAAAAACUGACAGAUGCUUUUGCUAAUACCAAAAUUGAGCUUACAUUUAGGAACUGAGUAUGUUGAACAGGAUAUAGGUGACAGUGAAGAUAGAAGAAAGAUGAUGACCAUAAAUCAAUACACUCUGUAACAUUGCACAGUUUACCCAGCAUGACUUUCCUUAGAAGGCCCCCUCCGUACACUAGAGUGAGAGUCCCAGUUGACUGAAGCCUACCAGAAGAACUAAUAGUAGAAGGAAGCUCUGCUGCUUUUGUGCCAUUACGGAGCCUAAAACCAUUGCCAUGGAUGGGAGAAAAUUUGGGGAGGGGGGUGGGAAGGUGGGGCUUUCCCUAAUUUAUCUUCAUGUCCAGUGAGCAGUGUUGUGUCCUUCCUUCCUUGUAGCAUUUGGAAAUGAUCUACUGGAAUUACAAAACCUAUUUUUCCUUUGAAUUUCAGCUUUGGCCGUGGCUGCUUUAUAGACUUAUUGCAAGGUAAAAUCAUACCCGAGGGCUAAAAAUGAAGAGGGAACGGGAGACUUGAUAUUUAAGCAGCUUGAAUGGUUUCUUUUCUUUUCUUUAUUUUUAAAGAAAUGCACUUGCCUAUGAUACUGUCUCUCCAGUGAAAUGAUUACUCCUCCAUUACUCUAUUGAUACAAUAUUGUGCAUGCUAGUGUUGUAUUUCUAUACAGUAGCUUGAAAUUUAUUAACUUAUACUGUAGGUGUUAUGUAUUCCUAUGACAAAAAAUUAAGUCUUCAAAUUUUUAAAA